CUAAUCUAACUAAACCGAUACAGCGUAGAAAGGCCAGUACGGAAUCUAUCGGAUGGUGACACGUCUGGGCCUUGUUGGUGAAGUGAGCAGUCCCCGUCUAAGUUGCGGUAUUCGGAUAAGGUCCUACUGUCAAUGAGAGACGCGUCGACAGUCGACUAAAGACGAAUGCAGGGUUCUCUUCCUCGCCCACGAGCCCGGUGUGCCUUACGCCCAGCCUCCCCGAACAUGUCAACAAGCGGAAGUACCACUGCUUUGAACAUCGGGACAAGGACGCAUUCUCACAUCCCAAUGAAGCAAGUCCGUGCGUCCAAGGACCAACAGGAGAAAGAGAACGUGAUUCCUUUCGUGCAUGAGGACGCUUUCACGGACCUGGUUCUUAUUGUGGAGGGUAAGCGCCUGCACACUUCGACUGCCCUGUUGUCCAUGUGUUCCCCGGUGUUUGCGCGGAUGUUGGCUACUAAUGUGGAUGGUGAUCAGUCUAAUGGCGGGAAAGAUGGUGCAAGGCGGGAACUCCAGCUCCAGGGCAAGUGUUACGAAUAUGUGCACGAGCUACUUUACGUCAUCCAUCCAGCCUAUCAAAGAAAAGUGUCAGAUGAGCUGGCUUUCGUUGUGUUACCUCUAGCAGAAGAAUACCAGAUCUGGAACUUGAAACAAAAGUGCGAGGAAACAUUAUUAAACACAUUGAAUGUAGACAAGGCUGUUCGGGAGGAUGUUCUCCUGAGAUGUUUAAAUAUGGCGGACGAGUUCAAACUUUUCGCUUUGUGGACAAAAUGCUUACAGAUAUGUUCCAAAGCUUCACUGUCUUUGCAAGCAUUACAGCGGAGUCAAGAAUAUGAGAAUCUAUCCAAGUUUUUGAAAAGUAUGUUAGAGGCAUUUAAGGGCAGUGGAACCGGUGUUGGGGUAGAUAAUCCUCCCCUUUUGUCUCCUUCUCUUCAAAAGUCUAGCGCUACACCAGUCCAUCAGGGCUACGGGAACACUCGCCGUGACGUCACAGGAGGUAACCGUGACGUCAAUUCCGGUAACACGACUUUAGUGGACGAUCGAGUCAAAAAGUCGUUGACACACAUACAAACGCAAACAAAAUAUUAACGACGUCAGAAGAACUAUUUAUAUCAAUAUUAGUAUUAUACAAUUGUUACACAAUCUGGAGUUUCGUUUGACUAAUUAUAGUGGAUGCCAGUGUUAAUGGAAUCAUAAUACACGUAUGAUUAUAGUGAUCCACGGUGUAAAGGAGAGUGCUGUUUAGAUACCACGAGACAGACAGUAGGACAUAGACAUGUAUCUUAUCUUAAAGUGUAAUAUUACUUCAUAAUCAAAAUAAACAAUCAAACGUU